GUCGCCGAUGCCGAAUCAGCUCUCGGCCUCGGCGCAUAUAUGAUGUCCGCAAGUUAAGUGCCUCCAGGGUUGGAAAGGCGUGAUUUAGCUCCAGCUCUACAGUAGCCGGAAGAUAGUGACUCUUUGCAUUCUUCUAGGCCUUGGACAUCGGAUCAGCUAGGCUUGAGCGACAACGCGGACGACUCGUGGCACCGAUAGAAGGUAGCCAGUGGCAAUCCUGUAUCACGAUGUUCCACGAUGUUCCACAAUAUCCCGACUUUUCACGAAUUAAUCAUAUAUCUCAUGCUCGGUCGUAACAAUUAUCUGAUCACCGAAGCUCUCGGCCCAAAGCCCCACCAAAAGGGGCUCACUGGGCAGCGCGCCGUGCUUCAAUGCGAGCCAGGUCUCAAGGCACCGCCAGGCACGUCCGGACUACCCGGUUGACGCUGUAACAUUUAAAAGAACGAUCAUUGAUGGUCGAGGAUCCCCAUCUCUGGACGGCUUUUGCAACCAAGACCACCAUCGAAGCUGUUUCACCACCAGGUCUACUGUAUUCGAAUUGUCCUGCAACAAACAUGUCUGAUAACGAUGUCGAGAAGUCUGGGCAGCUGGAGCAACCAACUCCGGCUCCGCCACAAGAACCUCCCAAUCCCUCUACACUAGGUGAAGAAGAGGUUUCCCAUUCUCGAGCGAUGUCAGUCCCCAGCUUUCCGGAAGGAGGAACGAGAGCGUGGACGACUGUGCUAGGUUGCUGGGCAGUAAUGUUCUUCACCUUUGGCUACAUUAAUGCAUUUGGUGUUUAUGAGACGUAUUACAUCGCAACCACACACGAAACGCCGUCGACUAUAGCUUGGAUUGGUUCCUUUCAGUUUUUUGCCAUGUUUUCCGCGGGAGUUGUGUCUGGUCCUAUUUUAGACCGCUACGGUCCAGUCGUUGUGAUCUGGCCCGCAUCAGCCCUGUUCGUCACCUCUGUCAUGCUCACCAGCGUCUGCAAGAUGUACUACCAAUUCUUGCUGGCUCAAGGAGUCUUGGGAGGCAUAUCCUGUGGACUGGUUUACGCGCCAGCCAUCUCUAUCAUUGGUCACUACUUCCAUGCGAGGCGAGCGCUAGCCAUUGGAAUUGCAUCUUCAGGCUCCUCUCUGGGUGGCGUCAUCUUUCCGAUCAUGAUCAAUCGACUUCUCUUCUCAUCAUCCUUGGGCUUUGGCUGGACGGUGCGGAUCGUCGGUUUUCUUAUACUGGGACUCUGCUUGCUGGCAUGCUUAACCAUCAAGCCCAGAAUAGCUCCCAGAAAAGGUCCCCAUUUUCUGCCAGCAGCCUUCAAGAACCUAACAUACUCCCUUCAAGUGCUGGGGCUGUUUCUGGUGAUCUGGGGCAUACUUACGCCAAUAUUUUUCUUGCCAUCAUAUGCUCAGACGCAGGGGAUGAGCCGCAAUUUGGCAUGGUACACGAUAUCGAUCCUUAACGCUGGUUCACUCGUUGGUCGCCUAUCAGCUGGAUUUUUAUCUGCCUACCUAGGCGACCUCAACGUCCUCACUUCAUCAAGCGGGAUCUGCGGGCUCCUCAUCUUUUGCUGGUAUCGAAUCCACUCCAAUGCCGCGAUAAUCGUCUUCUCGGUGCUAUUCGGAAUGUUUUCUGGAGUGGUUGUCGGGAUGUUUGCCUCGACUUUGGCACAUACUGCGCCUCAUCCCAGCCAGAUAGGAACCUAUAUUGGCAUGGCAGUAGGUAUCUUGGGGGUUUCAGGCUUAACAGGCUCUCCGAUCAGUGGAGCUAUGAUCGCACACUACGGAGGAUAUAAUGAGGCCAUAGGAUUCAGCGGUGCUGUGACGAUGGCUGGAACUGCGCUGCUUGCUUGCGCUCAGUAUUCCAAAAUGUCAAAAUAGACUGUCAGGAUUCGCGCAGGCACAAGACACCAGUCCUGCGGGCAGCACCAAAGGGGGAAGAGGAGUUAUGUGGAAUGGCCCAUACUAAGGAAAGGGACAGGGCUGUGACUAGAAGAUGCUCUGCUGGAACAAGUUUGCGGGUGAAGAUACUAUAUUAGUUGGCUACUGGAAGGACAGAAACAGAAAGACGAUUUAAUACAAAGCGCCCUCUCCAAGACACACAGCGAGAAUAAGUGUUGUCAGUGCGUUUGGGGGCCAAACAGAAAACC